AUGACGGGGAGGAGGAAGCCAAACCAGGCGUUCCCCGAUGCACAACCUGCUGCAAUGCAUCGCUCCAACACUCAACCUCUGCCAUCCACCCGUCACCAUAACGUUCCCCAACUCCAGCAGCCGACCACCGCUCCAGGACAAAACUCGUUCUCGAGGCGAAUGAUCAAGAAGCUGAAUGCUGUGACGAAGAUCGACACCACCAUCACUUCGCCACCCACCCACCAGCACGAUCAAACAGGUGAGCACGUCCAGAGCCCGGGCGAAGAUGCUAAAAGUCCCACUCAAGGCCUUCAGCGCCGCAAUGCAGUCAGAGUCACGCCCAUCGCUGCCAGGGCGAGAUCCGCAUCGCUCCCAUUCACCAAUGGACAGCAGAUGUCGACUCCUCAACCGUUCAGGAAAGCAGCGUCUCAUCAGAUCACGCGUAAGCCAGUUCCACAACAUCCAAAGGAUGAGGAGUCUGACACGCCGGGGAGCAUGAAGGCGGCGUCCAUCAGUGAUGCGGAGGAAGCACAGCUGACAAUUCUACCUGAUCACAAUCUGCACAUGAUGCCAUGCGAAGAGUUCGAGAACAACGAGUCUGAGAACGACGUGGUCAGAGUUUGCCGUGGCCCAGAGAGGCGUGCGAAGUUGAUAGUGCCUGAGGAGGUACAUGAGUCGCAGUCGUAG